AUGUGUGCAGUGUAUGUGGGAUCCACCUUCAUUCAGGAGGCUUUGAGGAAAGCCAGAGAGCUAACAGAUGCUGCUUAUGCACGGACUAAUGAGAGAGUGAAGAUGUCCGUAAAAGAAGGUUCUUUUCGUCCCAGUGACCUGCUGGCUCAGUUUAAACAGAUCGGCACUGGUACCAGAGCGCACAUCAGAGCUGCGGAGCUGCUGGAUAACACGGUGGAACUUAUCAGAGAGAUGGUGUACACACACACUAUGGCUCAGCCUAAACAUACUGAGUUGUUGAGCAGGGAUGACGUGGAGAUUUUGUUGGAAGCUACAGGGUGUUCAGCAGAGAUCAAGAGACCUGCAUGCAAAGGCGACUGCAUUUCAGAGCGCUACCGCACCAUCACUGGCCAUUGCAACAACAGGCAGAAUCCACUGCUGGGGGCUGCUAACACUCCGUAUGCUCGGUGGCUUCCACCAGCAUAUGAAGAUUUUCAUGGAACACCAAGAAGCUGGAACCCCCAUCACACCUACCAUAACUUUACAUUGCCCCCAGUUCGCGUCGUGUCACAGGAGGUGUUGUACACCCAGAAUGAGAAGAUCUCUUUGGACUUGUCUCUGUCUCACCUGCUAGUGGAGUGGGGGCAAUGGAUUGACCAUGACCUGUCACUGACCCCUCAGAGCCACAGCACGGCUUCAUUCAGGACCGGAGCAGACUGCACCCGUACCUGCAGCAGAGACACACCAUGUUUCCCCAUACAGAUUCCUCUCUCAGACCCUCGUCGUAAUGUUCAGACUUGCAUGCCAUUUUUCCGCUCAGCUCCCAGCUGUGUAGAUGCCUCUGUCGUGUGUCGUCACCGGGAGCAGCUGAAUGCCAUCACAGCCUUCAUAGAUGCCAGUAUGGUGUAUGGCAGUUCAGACGACCUCGCUCGCUCUCUGCGUAAUCUGUCCUCUCCUCUAGGCCUACUUAAACACAACCAGCUGUAUUCAGACCAAGGACUUGCUUACCUACCCUACCCGCCUCGCACACACAACCAUCUGGACCCAUGUGCACCACGAGAAGAUUCCAACACAGGAAAGAAUACAACGUCCAUGGGCAACUUGACCUUCUGCUAUCUGGCAGGUGAUUCUCGGGCUAAUGAGCACUUGGGGAUGAUUGCUCUCCACACACUGUUUCUGAGAGAGCAUAAUCGAUUAGCCAGGGAGCUCCACAUGCUCAACCCCCACUGGAGCCCUGAUACAUUGUAUCAAGAGGCCAGGAAAAUCCUUGGAGCUGUCCACCAGGUCCUGACAUGGGAUCACUAUUUGCCACAUAUUCUGGGGCACAGAGCAUAUGCUGAACUCAUGCCCCCCUAUCAGGGUUAUGACCCUGAGAUUGACCCCAGCAUUACCAAUGGCUUCUCCACUGCUGCCUUCCGCUUUGCCCAUGUGACCGUACAGCCCAUAGUGAAUCGACUAGGACCUGGAUAUCAGCUUGACCCUAAACAUCCCCCACUGCCUUUACACCACUCACUGUUUGCCUCCUGGAGGGUGGUAGAAGAAGGUGGUGUAGAUCCAGUGCUCCGGGGUUUACUGUUGUCCCCAGCCAAACUCCAGGCUCCUCAGCAGAUGAUGGUAGAGGAGUUGACUGAGAGACUGUUCCAGGCUCAUGGCGGGCUGCCGCUGGACCUCGGGGCUCUAAACCUGCAGAGGGGGCGUGAUCACGGCCUUCCUGGUUAUGCUGCAUGGCGAGAGUUUUGUGGCCUUUCUGUCCCUGCAAAUGAAUCUGAUUUAAUAGAAAUUCUGAAGAAUGUAGGUUUGGUGCGUAAGCUGCUUGCUCUGUAUGGUACAGUCUGGAAUAUUGAUGUGUGGGUGGGUGCCAUCUCAGAGCCCGCAGUGUCUGGAGGGAGAGUUGGGCCUCUGCUAUCCUGUCUCAUAGCCAAACAGUUUCAUGCACUCAGAGAUGGAGACAGGUUCUGGUGGGAGCGAGAGGGUGUGUUCAGCACUACUCAGAGACGCUCACUGCGUACGGUAUCUCUCUCUCGCAUCAUUUGUGACAACACGCACAUCUGCCUGGUGCCCUCAGACCCAUUUGUACGGACACUCCACCCUGACGAGCUGCUACCCUGCACACACACAAACGUCACACACCUUAAUCUCUCUGCAUGGAAGGAGCCAGACACUGACCCAGUAUGUGGCUCCAUUCCUCGGCUGAAAGUGGGUUUCUCUGUGCUGUGUGAUUCAGCAGUCCUGUACCAGUGUCCUUCUGGCUAUCUGCUCCAUGGGUCCACCCACGUCACCUGUGAUUCAAACACACGCCUCUGGACUCCAAACCCACCAACCUGUCAAGAUAUAGACGAGUGCUUCAGUGGGCCUGUCUGUCCACCAAAUCUGCAGUGCCGCAACACGCCAGGUUCCUUCAUUUGCACAGAGUCCACAACACUUUCUGUCACCUCCAUCGCUGCUGCAGUGAUGACCGUGGUGGGAGGUGUUGCUGUGAUGGCUCUAAUAGUGAGUUGCUAUAAAAGGUUUUUCAUCAAAAAAGUGAGAGCCAGCAGAGCAUGCUGUAAUAAGAAACAGUGA